AUGAAGACGGAGGAUGGCUCUGAAAAAGCGAUUGGCCGGACGCUGAUCCCGCGAUACUUCAGCACAGUGUUCGAAGGCGGCGUCAGCGACCUGCACUACAUCCUCAAACACUCCAAAGAGUCCUUCCACAACUCCUGCAUCACACUGGACUGCGACCAGUGCACCAUGGUAACGCAGCACGGCAAGCCCAUGUUCACCAAGGUGUGCACAGAGGGACGGUUGAUAGUGGAGUUUGCCUUCGACGAUCUGAUGAGGAUCAAGACGUGGCACUUUACCAUCAGACAGUAUCGAGAACUCAUCCCCCGCAGCAUCCUGGCCAUGCACGCACAGGACCCUCAGGUGUUGGAGCAGCUGUCCAAAAACAUCACUCGCAUGGGUCUGACCAACUUCACCCUCAACUACCUCAGGUUGUGCGUCAUCCUGGAGCCCAUGCAGGAGCUCAUGUCCCGGCACAAGACAUACAACCUCAGCCCCCGAGACUGUCUGAAGACAUGCCUGUUCCAGAAGUGGCAGAGGAUGGUGGCUCCACCAGCUGGACACCCACAGAACUUCAAAACGGAAAUAUUCCCCACGAAUCACAAAAAAGCUGAGCCCGCGCGACAACCCGCCACCAAGAGGAGGAAACGGAAGAACUCUGCCAGCAGCGCCAACAGCACCAUGGGCACCGCGGCCGGCAAGAAGCGCAGCCCAGCCACGAACUUCAGCCUCUCCAGCCAGCCAGCCUUUCGCCCACCCAUCGACACGUGUUGUCUCCCACAUCACAGCACCCACUCCGCACCCACGGCACCCGGCCCGCCCCUCCUAAAGUGGGGGAACACGGCGCGUACAUAUGUCUGUCUUUGUCUGAGAAGUUGUUGGUUCGUGGCUGAGAGACGUGAGCUCGAUGAUAAUGAGCAGUCACUGUGGAGGAGGGAGAGGGAGGGAGAAGACUGGGCUGAGGCGGUUCUCUCCCUCCCCCACAGUGACAUCUAG